AUGUCCUUUUCAAGUCAUAACAAGAUGAAUUUCUUGAAGAAUUUGAAUACACAACAAUUAAAAGCAGUUACAGCUCCAGCUAAUGGAAUUUUACAAAUAAUAGCAGGUCCAGGAACUGGUAAAACUAAAGUUUUAACAUCAAGAGUAGCAUUUUUAUUAAUUUCAGAAAAAAUUAAACCUGAACAUAUUAUAGUUACAACAUUUACAAAAAAAGCAGCAAAUGAAAUGAUUGAAAGAUUAGAAAAAAUUUUAGAAAAUACAAAUAUUGAUAUAACAAGAUUAUUAAUUGGAACUUUUCAUAGUAUAUGUUUUAAAAUUAUUAAAAAAUAUGGUUUUAAAAUGGGAUUAUCUGAUUUUACUAUUGCUGAUGAAAGAGAUAAAGAUCAUUAUAUAAAAGAAGUAUUAACUAAAGAAUUAACUAAAGCAGUAUUAAAUUAUAUUAAUAAUACUCCAAAGGAACUUGAUUUGAUACGUUCAAAAUCUUCAAAUGAAAAAUAUCAUGAUAUAGAUUUAAAUAAAUUGAAAAGACAAAUUUCAAGAUUAAAAUCAAGUGGUUAUUUACCAGAUGAAUAUAAAAUUUUACCAAAUUCAAAUAGAAUAUUAUAUUUUAUUUAUGAAGCAUAUCAAAGAAAAUUACAAGAAGUUGAAAAAAAAUUAGAUUUUGAUGAUUGUUUACUAUAUUGUCAUAAGUUGAUAACUAAAUAUCCAUUAUUACAUUUCAUUAAACAUGUUUUAGUUGAUGAAUUUCAAGAUACAAAUAAAAUUCAAUUACAUUUAAUGUAUGCAUUUGCAAAAGGUCAUAUAGCUGAUACAAAAUUUCAAAAUAAUGUUACAAUUGUUGGGGAUCCUGAUCAAAGUAUUUAUGGAUUUAGAGAUGCUCAAACUAUAAAUUUUAAAUCAAUGAAAGAAUAUUAUGCAAACAAAGAUUUAAAGUGUGAAAUAAUAACUUUAAAUGACAAUUAUAGAUCAACUAAUGAUAUUUUAGAUUUCUCAGAAUUAGUUAUGAAACAAGAACCCGACAGAGUUACAAAACAAUUGACGUCUCAAUUUACUACAUCUAUUAAACCAGUUUUCAAAAGUGCAAACUCACCAGAAAAUGAAGCUAAAAAAAUAGUUUAUGAAAUAAAAUAUCUAUUAUCAUUACCAUCACAACCAAUAAAACCAAAUGAUAUUGCAAUACUUGUAAGAUCUGGUUUCCAAAGUAGUGUAAUUGAAAAAGAAUUAGUUUCUCAAAAACUUCCAUAUCAUAUGAUUAGAGGUCGAGCAUUUUGGGAUAGGAAAGAAGUUGUAGCAAUUAUGGAUUAUUUAAAAGCUUGUGGUGAUCCAAAUGAUAGAAUAUCAAUAAUGAGAACUUUAAAUUAUCCAAAAAGAGGUAUUGGUGCUAAAACUUUAGAAAAAAUUGAAGAUGCAAUAAUUAAACUGAAAAAGGAUUUGAAAAUGACACCAAGAGAAACUUUAAGAGCAUUAGCUGAUAAUAAACAUAAAGUUGAAAAAUUAGCACCAAAAGUUAGAUCAAGUCUUUCAAGUUAUUUAAAUGUAAUUGAAGGAGGAGAAAAAUUGUUACCUGAAAAUAAUACCGAUAGUAGAAAACCCAGUGAAAUAAUUAAUCAAGAAUUAUUUGAUUUUGUUUAUUCUCAGUCGGGACUUGAAAAAGAAUACAAGAGUGAUGAAGAACAAAACAGAAUUAUGAUUGAAAAUAUCGAAGAAAUUAGACGUCAAUUCAAUGAGUUUAAAACUGGGGAUGAUAGAUGGUAUGACGCAUCUUCAGAUGAAGAAGAAGAAGAAGAAGAAGAAGUUGAAGAGUUGGAAAAUAGAAAUACAAUCAUUCAAUUUAUUGAAUCAAUUGGUCUUUAUGAAUCAUCCGAUGGUGGAGCAAAUGAAUAUGAUGAAAAUAAUGAAUCAAAAACUCCAAAAAUUUCAUUGAGUACAAUUCAUGGAUCAAAAGGUUUAGAAUGGCCAGUUGUUUUUGUACCUGGAUUAACCGAAGGAAUAUUACCUGCAAAAUAUGCACUGGGAGAAACUGCUGUAGAUGAAGAAAGAAGAUGUUUUUACGUUGCUGUAACUAGAGCUAAAGUAUUAUUAUAUGUUACAAAUUAUAUUGAGACUUCCUUCAAUAUGUGGAGACAAAAUUACGAUCAAGCUUCACGAUUUAUUAAGGAAUUGUCAAGUCAAAAUUAUUUUGAAGAACGACAAGCUUGCUUUGAAAAUUCCAAAAAUUUAGAAAUUCUUUAUAAAUUAUUAGGUAAUGAUGAUCCUCAAUUAGAAGGAUUUGAUUGUGUAAACUUUUUCAAAGGUUAUAAGAAAAACUGGACAUCUUUCGGAAGGGGUGCUCCAUUUCUGACUGAUUAUGGUGGAUCUUCAUCGAGUGAUCUUGGUGGUUUCAGUUCAGCUUCAUCUAAUUUAUCUUCCACUAGCAAGAACAAAAAAAGAAAAUUUUCUGCUUCAACAACUGUCCAGCUUUCAGAUCGGCAUUCCGAUCCAAUCAUUGUAACGAGCAAUAAUACCAACCAGCACGUUAUUAGACCUAAUUCAAGUUCAAGUUCGGGUUCAAAUGAUAAUAAAGCUCCUGCUUAUACACCUGUUAGAAAGGGAUCAUCCAAAAAAUUGGGUAUGAAACGUUAG